CGGCAGGCAUGACCUUGGCGGAGGACUGCUUAUUGUCGUGAAGGCACCAGGAGGGGAGGCAUGGAGAGGAGCAGCCCGCAAGGCGAGCUAAAGACCCAGAAUGGUUUAAAGAAGCCUCCCACAGGCUCUUGGAGAGCCAGCUGGGGCCGACAUGAGACCAAUCUUCUGCUAGAGGCCAUCUUCAAGACAGGAAAAGUCCAUCAGAUCAUCUCAGGAACUAGUCAGAGAAAGAGCAAACUCUGGAGAGAGAUCACAGAGACUCUGGCUCAGCGCCACGUGGGCUACACGGCGGAGCAAUGCCGCACCAAGUGGAAACACCUCAAGAGCCAGUUCCGCUUUGAGCAGGCUCGCUACCUGACCACAGGAGCCCACUCAGCCCCCCUGCCACACUUUUAUGAGAAAAUGAGCACGCUCUGGAAGAUGGCAGCUGGAUGCUCCCCAAAGGCUGGGUCCUCAAAGCGGCCAAAACGAUCUGCCAGAGCAAAGAUAGCCCAGGAAACCCAGAACGAGAAUGAGGAAAUGCCAGUUCCACCCCCUGUGAAGCAUCUUUAUGAUUCUGGCCCAGAAGAGCCAGGUAACGAUCCCAAGGAAAAUCUCUGUCUGAAGGAAUCAACACUUUUAGCCACCUACUCAUUCACCCAAGAUGCAGAAAUUCAGGGAGAAGUAUUGCCUGGAACUUGGUUGCCGCCUCCACAGGCAGUGACUUCCACCAGGGAGCAUCAGUCCAAAGACGGUGAAACAAGUAAUGUGAUCGAAGGCGUGGUUGGAUGUGCAGUAAAUCAAACAGCUUUAGGAAGACCGACACUAGAGGAAACAGCCUUUCAGCAAGAAAAGCCGAAAGAGCCCUGUGACCCCAGAUAUCAGCAGAUUGGGGAGGCCAUGCUGGAGGAACUGAGAAACCUGUCCCGGACCCAGCAGGAGAUGUCUGUGGUCAACAUGUACAUUGCCAAAGUCCUCCAGUACCAGCAGGAGCAGCUGAUCCCAGGCAUCCAUCUCCUCAAUCACAACAUGUAUCAGCUCUGCCUGCUGCUGGCUAACCAAGCAGAAACCACCCUCCACCCUGGGCCCUUUCUCCCCCAGAUGAUCAAUCCCAGCAUCCUCCUCUCAGGACCUCCAUUUCCACAGCCUUAUAACUCAACCUUUGAGCCUCCAGCCGGUCCGCCCCCCAAGUAGACUUCCAUUUUCUCUGCGAUACAGCUCACAUUACCUUGGUUUCUUAGAAUGUAUUUUAUCUAAGCAGAUUUCAUCUGUUUCCUGUGUUUGGAAGACUUGAGAUAAAGCUUUAGAUCUUA